AAAGUUGCUCGUAUAAAAGCGCAACGGAACUUUGCAAAUAACAUCAGUUCCUUUGCACAGCUCCAACAGAACGUUGAGUGGAAAUAAAGAGUUCAUUUUCAACUUAAACACAUUCCACCAAAUAAAUUAGCCAUCGUCAUGAUUUCGAGUUCGAUGAAAAUCUUCGCUUUCCUAACGGUCCUCGUAGUCAGCGUGCAACACAUUUCGGGGCAACAGGCGGUUUGUGGCCCUGCCAUAGAUGCCACGCUCAGUGUUUUGUGCGAAAACGGCUUUAACACGAAGUUCAAGAAAUCACUGGAAUGGGAUGACAUAGGCAACGCUGAGUCCGAAGAACUGUCGCCCUUUGGCAGGAUGAACUUUCCCUUCUUAGCCAAGAUUCACGGUGGCCAGGUCGAUACGGUGGCCAAAACCCGUCGUCGUCGUGAUGGUGUGUACGACGAAUGCUGCCGCAAGUCCUGCUCCUACGGCGAAUUGCUCUCUUACUGCAAAUAGACUAAGUCAUCGCUGAAAACUUGUAACAUUAAAUGAAUUUGUUAAAGGCCUUUCAGGCAGCCUCUUAAGUAGUCAAUUGGCAAUUUCUCUCCUACACCUAACCAAGUAGACAAAUUGCCAUUAGACUGAACUUAGAGGCGUUCUGAAACGCAUGUGCAAAUUCCGAUAUAUACAUACUUAUGAAUUAUGAAUAUCCUAAGGAAAAGCUGAAUAAAAUUUAAGAACUGGAAAUUUGUUCAUCACUAAUUUUAACCAAGAAAUCUUUAUAAUUCCUCACAAACUUGAUAUAUUUAAAUAUUUAAAUUGGAGUAGCACAUCUCAAAAUGCUUUAAAAGUUAAAGUGUGCGUUCUUCCAAUACAAAAAUGUAUA